AGGGCUGACUAAAGAAGUCGGCAGAUCGCGGGAAAAGUUGAAAGCCUUCAUCCCGUUUCCAUGGAUUUCAUUUUUGCUGCUCUAUUUAAAACGUCUCUUCUACCUACUUCUAAAAUAAAACUCUUUAACGGCGUGUUAUUGAAAGCGUGAGAUUUAUUUUAAAAAAUGAAACGGAGAAAAUAUUCUAAGGCUAACAAUUCGUCCUAAUGGAUACCCAUACAGGAAGUAUCGUUCUCAAAAGAUUUAGAUGGAUUCUAUCGAAGAGAUUCACUGCGGCAUGUCUAUUGCGGCGAGAUGUGUGAAAGAGAGCAUUGUUAUGAGUUGAGAAGCCUGGAGAUUAGAGAAAGCCCACAAAUAUACUAUGACUGUUUUUCUAAAAAUAACAACAUGACUUAGCUGGUGGAAGUGAAAUCUAAAAACAGUUGCAUAAGCUACAAGCAGACCUUACAACACGGCCUCUCGUUCACGACCGACAGCUGAAACCUCGACCACCUCCUCAAUUCUCUCAGCCAGGCAGCGGAAAUCUUCAGCACCGGCAGCAAUAUUUACAGCUGCAGCAGCGUCAACAGCAGUUUCUUCCACAGCAGCGACUACAUCCUCAGGGUCCGGCUCGUGUGCAAAGUCUGGAAGUAAAUCUGGCGGAAAGACUGGCGGCAAGGGGAAAGAAGCACGGAGAUGCAGCGCUGCAGACGACAGACUGGCCUCUUGUGACAGCGAGGACGACAUCAGUCUGUUCCGGGACCUGGCCAGAUUCCAGUGGUCCCGUCGCCCGAUACGCUUCAUCUCGGACAUUGUGCAUAGGGUCAUGCUUGGGCGUCGAACUUUGGCCGGACUAGCAAGAGCGCAGAGAGAGGCGAGAAAGGCACACGCUCAAGAAGGUUCUAGCCCCAAGUGCUACGAGGAAGUCGAACUGACAGACGAACAGAAAGACGAACUCAAACAAGCGUUUUCCAUGUUCGAGAAGGCCGGCAAAGGCAAGAUUCCAGCCAGGGAUCUUGGGGAACUGCUCCGAUGUCUAGGCUGGAACCCAUCUGAACAGGACCUGGAAGAGGCGAGGCACGAGCUAGAACUCACCACCAGAGGGACUAUUUCUUUUGCUGAAAUAGAGUCAUACAUUGCUCGACGCGGAGGCAUCUACUACGGCAACAACGCGGAAGAAGACAUCAUGGUCGCUUUUCAGGUGCUAGAUAAAAGAGGCAGCGGGAGGAUUCAAGUGUCGGACUUCCGUCACUUUAUGACCACUAUGGGAGAGAGGAUGACUCAGGAGGAGGCCGAGGAGCUUAUAUCAAGGUCAACACAGGACGGCAAGGAUUACAUCGAAUACAGAGAUUUGGUUGACGCCGUACAACUUUUGCCUACAUGACAUCAAAUUGUCUCCAAUGUGUGACCAACAUUAAUUUUCUUUGAACAAGAGCAACAAUUUACAGGAUGAUACAACUUCCUGUUUGUUUGUUUUUGACAAACUCUUGGCAGCUGCUGUUUGGUGAAAACCUUGUGACGUCAUGCGAAACGGAAUUCGUCCUCGAACUUGACAAUGGCUACCAAACAAGGCACUUGAAUGGCAAAGUGGAUUAUCUACUCUUUGUGUUUCUAAUUAAAGAGCGCAUUGAAUCGUCUGCAAGUAAAUAACUUCCGCCUCGAUGAAAUCCAAAACGAUCUCAUUUUAUCUUCGCAAGAACAAUGCAACAAGUUGUCUUGCAGUGAAGAUUCUAUUAGUUUUAAUACUAUUGCACAUAAAAGUUAUUUACCCUUAUAAGAAUUUUUUAAUGGUUUUUUUUCUCUGGCGUUUGAAUGAAAUCCACAAUAAUUCAAUUUUUUGGAUGUAACGUACAGGUGUUACUGACACCACAUUGUCUACAGACUAACACCACAUUGUCCACACACUAACACCACAUUGUCCACAGACUAACACCACAAUGUCCACAGACUAACACCACAUUGUCCACAGACUAACACCACAUUGUCCACACACUAACACCACAAUGUCCACAGACUAACACCACAUUGUCCACACACUAACACCACAUUGUCCACAGACUAACACCACAUUGUCCACAGACUAACACCACAUUGUCCACACACUAACACCACAAUGUCCACACACUAACACCACAUUGUCCACAGACUAACACCACAUUGUCUAUAGACUAACACCACAUUGUCCACAGACUAACACCACAUUGUCCACAGACUAACACCACAUUGUCCACAGACUAACACCACAGUGUCCACAGACUAACACCACAUUGUCCACAGACUAACACCACAGUGUCCACAGACUAACACCACAAUGUCCACAAACGAGUCUCAUUCCAAGUUCUAUUGUCAAGCACUUCUGUUUUAUUCCAUAUUUGAAAGUGUUAUAGAGCAAUGCACGCUUCACGUGUUUGUUUCAAUCUAAAUCAUUUAGCACAUUUUUUGGUGGUGUAUAUUCUUUUCUCCUUCAUUCAUUGAACGAACUGUUUUGCUAUAGCGUUGACGAAUUAAGUCGAAGGUGAAAUAAAUCCUAGUGUUAAACUGACUUGCAAAUAGUCCAAAAACAAAUCUGUUAUAUUUUCUUUAUAUCAUCGAUCGAAAAAAAAAGCUCUUUGGUGUAGUCUCUACCCAGAAUAGGGAAAUGUUGAUAAACAGUACAUUCUAAAAUCAUGUCGCUAGUUUAAUGGAGUUCGUUAAAUAACAUAACACACGAUUCUGUUUCUUUCAAAUAAUAAACGUUCGUUAAGAAAUAAACUUCACCCACUGAAGAGUGGAUCUCAUGUUCUACAUUCUAGAGCAAUGAAAUAUAGCUCAGUGCAUAUACAAUAGAUCAGGGGGGAGGGGGGUUAGCUUAUAAAAACUACUUGAUCAAUAUUUAUAUCAGUGCGAUAGGUUUAGUAAACAUGCGAAAUAGUGUGGAUCUUCAGAAUCAAGGGCCGGCUACUUUGAACACCCAAAAGUUACAUCAGAGCCAUAUCUUCGUUUAUAGAUAGUUACGUAAUGAUGUAAAAGUAACGUCUGCAAAUCAACCAAGUCAAUAAUGACUCAAAGGUAAACUCAGAAUAUUAAUUCGAUAAUUUCUUCUUUUUUUUAUUAGAGAUUUUUAUCUAUGGCGGCAAAACUAUAAAUAGCAAGCGUUUCGGUGUAUCCGGUAUACAGAAAAACAGGAAGUGCUGAUAAGUUUUGUUUGUUUGUUGAUUUUUUUAAAAGAGUUUUAAGAAUUACAUCAUCAAAUGUGAUAGCACUUCCGUUUGUGGCGUUUUUUUUAUUUAGAUGGCAAUGUGAAAGUUGAAUUUAGCGUCCUUGACAUUGUAUAGUUUAUCGUGAAAAUCUCCGAUAAGGACAACAAUAAGUUUUUAAGAGUUUAAUGCAUCCAUCGAGAGUUCAUUCUGAUCUGCACUCUGUGACAUUGUGAACUGAUCAGAUUCAGUGUUCAAUUGCAGCCUUAUCACUGCAGCACCAUCAAUGUUAAUCGUAAACUUUUGUCAGUUCAAUUCUGACUUUGUAUAUAAGGUAUUUUUAUGUGAUUUUUUUUUUUAAAUACAUUUGUUUGUGGGUUUUAACAAACGAAAUUCACUUUUGCCAAACUUCCAUGAUUUGUGAUACAUCGACUGGUUCGCAUUUGUUUUUACUGUCGUUUGUGAUAGAGUUGAGAUAGAGUUGAGACUGUUAAGUGUGAGUGCUGAGUUCUAGGAAAUUAUUUGUAUUAGAAUGUGACUUUCAAUAGAGCAAAUAAAUAUUUUGAAAAAUUAA